CGUGCCCUGCGUCGUCUCCAUGGCGGCGGCGGAUGCGGGGACUGACAAGCCGAGUGAGGCGCGGUGCCGCGGCCAGGAGGAGGGGAGGGGAGUAGCGGGGAGUCUGAUUCAGGCUCCUGCUCCCGCAUCGCCUUCCUCUAAGCCCCGACCCCUGCGUGUCGGAGGUACCCCAGCGCUGGUUCUGCGGCGUCUCGGGCCCCCAUCUGUCUCGGGCCCCCAUCAGUCUCGGUGUCCCUCCGCGGUCCUACUGCGCAAGUGUGAGCCCUCCCGGUGUCCCUCCGCGCUCUCGCGCUGCCCGGCCGUGUUAGGAUGUACCGCAGAGAGCAGCCUGUCCCCACGCAGGCCUGCCCGGCAGCCCUCUACAACAAUCUUUGCGUGCUGUCCCUGCCAGCACCAAGGCUGACCCAGUUUGCAUUGGUCCAUGGGCUCAAUGUCCAGCUCCUCAGUGCCACCUCUGAUGGCCUUCCCGUGUCCCAGCGGCAGCUGCACGCGAAAGAGGGGGCUGGGCUGAGCUUUCCUCUCAUCACCCAGGCCUACUGGUGUGUCCUGCCUUUCCGGGUGUUACUAGUGUUGACUUCACAGAGAGGCAUACAGAUGUAUGAGUCAGAUGGCUCUGUCAUGGUCUAUUGGCAUGCCUUGGACUCUGGUGAUGCCCCGCCAGCGCAGGCCCUGUUUGCCCGAGGAAUUGCUGCCAGUGGCCACUACAUCUUUGUGGGGACGUGGUCUGGGCGGGUCUUGGUGUUUGAUGUCCCAGCCAAAGGUCCCAACAUUGUGCUGAGCGAGGAGCUAGAUGAGCACCGGGUGCCAAUCACGGACAUUGCAGCUGAGCCUGCUCAGGGCCAGGACUGUGUAGCUGAUGUGGUGACAGCUGAUGACUCAGGCCUUCUGUGUGUCUGGAAGUCAGGUCCAGAAUUUAAGCUGCUGACCCGAAUCUCAGGAUUUGGGAGUCCCUGCCCCUCAGUCCGAUUGUGGCAAGGCACUGUAGCUGCUGGUUAUGGGGAUGGGCAGAUCCGUGUCUUCGAAGCCAGCUCAGGGGCCCUGCAUGUCCAGAUCAAUGCCCAUGCCCGUGGUGUCAGUGCCCUGGACUUGGCACCUGAGGCGGGCAAGCUGCUCUCUGGGGCUGAAGACUCCUUUGUGCAUAUCUGGAAGCUAAGCAGAAAUCCAGACAGUGGCUGCAUUGAGGUGGAACACUGCCAUGCAGAAUGUGUGACCGACACCCAAGUGUGUGGGGCCCGAUUCUGUGACCCCAGGGGCUCUUCCUUCGCUGUGACAGGCUAUGACCUGCCAGAGAUUCUAAGAUACAGCUGUGUGUGA